AUUUUGGAGUUCAAAAUUUGAUCUCCAAUCACACGCAAUCACAAUAAAGCGUUGUUCCGUCGUCCCAAUAUCUUUCUUUGUUCUUUUCGUCACAGACCCACUUCACAUUCUGGGUUUCACUCUUCUUUCGUUAUCGCUAUUUCUUACGGCCUUAAAACUGUAGAACAUUACAGAAAUCAUAAUCGGAAUGCAACGGGGCACUCAACGGUCGCCUUUAUCACAGAAAUUUGCUGCAAACAUUCAACUUCUUUAGGGGAUGAACUGCUUGUUUGUGCAUUACUGCAUCAUACCAUCAAGCAUCUGCUCAUGCGAAUGAUGUUUGGUGGACGAAAACGUGGCACAAUCCUCGAUAAUCUAAAACAAAAAAUUCAUGGUGAUUCGUCUUUAUUGGCAAGAUUGCUUAGUGAUGCAGCACCCGAAAUCGAGUUAUCUGAUUACCGAAGAGCCCCUAGUCAUGGUAGUGAAAGCCCUUCGGGGCUUCUAGACGGUGAACAUUUUAAAGCCGAACCAAUCGCAGAUUUAGAUCUUUUCUUCGAGAGAAUUUAUAGCUAUUAUUGUGGGAAAGGCCUGCAGUGCAUCGUCAUAAAGUGGAUAGUGGAACUCUUCACUCUUGCGUUUAUCAUAUUAUUUUCGGGAUUUUUCUUGUUAUUUUUUAAUUGGAAUGGCGUUAGAAAUGUCAAAUGUGGGAUGGAUGCAGUUGAAUCCGGAAAAAAGCCGUGUGAUUUAGCUAAAGAAGUUCUUCACCAGCAUCCUUUGACCCCUUUAACGCUUCUAAAAGUUGUGAUUCUUGGUUAUUUGGGAAUCACGUCGAGUUAUUGGUUAUUCUGUUUUUUACGUUUUUUCGCACAGUUGAAGGAUACACUAGAGAUUCGUAAAUUUUACGUCGACAGUCUUAACGUAAAAGACGAUGAGAUACAUACCAUGCCAUGGUCAACGAUUCUUGAAAAAGUAGUUCAAGUCCAAGAAUCCCGACAGUUAUGUGUAGUCAAAGAUCUUUCGGGUCAUGAUAUUAUUAUGAGAAUGAUGAGGAAAGAAAAUUACUUGAUUGGAAUGUUGAACAAGGGGGUGCUUGCUUUCCCGAUCUCCAGGUGGGUCCCAGGUGCGGGUCCCACUUCGAAGAAGAGUCCAAAUGGUACACAAAAUUUUCUCAUGCUAACGAAGACCCUUGAAUGGACGUUAAAUUGGUGCAUUUUGCAAAGCAUGUUUGAUAGAAACUUUUGUAUCAGAAGGGACUUUGUUACUGACCCCAAGACUUUAAAGAAAACCCUAAGGGUAGCUGGGCUCGUAAUGCUUCUACUUUCACCGUUUCUUGUUGUAUUCAUGCUUGUAUAUCUUUUUCUACGACAUGCUGAACAGUUCUAUAAGGAUCCUAGUACCGCAUCAUCCCGACGAUGGUCAAAUUUAUCAAAAUGGGUAUUAAGGGAAUUUAACGAGGUUGAUCAUUUGUUCAAGCACCGGAUCAAUAGUAGUGUUGCACCAGCUUCUGAUUACCUAAAACAAUUUCCGUCUCCUAUUUUGUCGAUUAUCGCUAAGUUUAUAUCGUUUGUAUCUGGUGGCUUUACUGCUGUUUUAAUCAUCAUUGCUUUCCUAGAGGAGUCCCUGCUUGAAGGCCAUGUUUUUGGGCGUAAUCUGUUAUGGUAUGGUGCUGUUUUUGGAGCCAUAACAGCCAUCAGCCGAGCUGCUGUUUCAGACGAACUUUUGGUGGUUGAUCCAUGCGGUACCAUGUCUCUUCUUUGCCAAUAUACUCAUUUUAUGCCGAAAAGAUGGCAAGCGAAAGAAAACACUGAGUUUGCGAGAAUGGAGUUUGAAACUCUUUUUCAGUACACCGGGAAGAUGUUGUUGGAGGAAAUGGCGUCGAUAUUUCUAACUCCUUACAUGCUUAUCUUCGUAGUCCCAAAGCGGGCUGAUGAUAUAUUGCAGUUUAUUACGGAUUUUACUGUAAAUGUUGAAGGUGUUGGUCAUGUUUGCAGUUUUAGUCUAUUUGACUUCAAAAACCAUGGCAAUAGCAAAUAUGCAUCGCCACAUAACGCAUCUCGUAUCUUUAGGAGUUCCCAAGGGAAAAUGGAGAAAUCAUUCUUGAGCUUUCAUGGUAGCUACCCAUUGUGGGAGCCGAACGUAGAUGGAAAGCAGUUUCUUUCAACACUCGAGAAAUUUCAGGGCCAAAGAAGCCCAAAUCAAAUGAAUAAAUGGCCCGUCAAUCUUGAUAAUAAAGAUCACCCUUACAUUCUUGACUGGUACUACACAUCCCAUCAUCAUAGGCCACGAGACAUUGAGACAGCACUUAUCGACGUUGAAGAUGAAGCCAUCACGAAUACAUGGGACCCACCUGAGUUAGGAUCUAACCGGGACCAACUUGAUGACAACUGGCGUACAACCUUUGAGGAUCGAAUCAAUAGCAAUCUUGAAGCAUCUACAUCUAGAACAAUUAUACACCAUCUUGACUUCAGGAACCCGGGGCAAGCUACAAGGAGCCACUGGUGGACCCGGAAAGGUGGGUCACCAGUGGCUAGGACCGGUGUGGGGCCCGAGGGUAGUUUUCUUGAGCCUCCCAACUUCCAUCGGAAUAGUUACUAUGACCACUAUGAUAAUUUAUCUGAGAAAAGCUUUCAAGAACACGACUCGCAGUUGGGUUGGGGGACAAAGGAAAAGGAUUUUAAUCUUCUUUUUGAUGAUAUUUAUGAUUCACAUUCACAAAGAACACCUUUUGAGGAUCUUUGUGGGAUCUGGGGUAGUUGAUUUGGUUACUGUUUUUUUAUAGAUUCUUUACUCAUGAACUUAUAAUGUGAUCAGUUUUUGAUAGAUUACCCGUUAAAAACGGGUAAUGUCAAAGUAA